CUAUAAUAAUAGGUCAGUCUUUCUCUUUCUCUCUCUCUUGUAUGAUCAUUAUUAUUACUUGUGAUCUUCACACAAAGUUUUUAAGUUUUUUCUAUUUAUGUAGUUUGUGGUAAGCCAAACUACUUGAACCUUUGCUUCACCACUUGAAGAUAACACACCAGUCACCAAAUAAGAGGUGAUCGAAUCGAUCGAGCUUUUCAUAAUUUAAAUCUCCAAAUUAAUAAUAAAUAUAUAAUGGGAAGACCACCUUGUUGUGACAAAGAAGGUGUUAAGAAAGGUCCUUGGACUCCUGAAGAAGAUAUCUUGUUAGUCUCUUAUAUUCAAGAACAUGGUCCUGGAAACUGGAGGGCUGUUCCUACUAAUACAGGGUUACUUCGGUGUAGCAAAAGUUGUAGGCUGAGAUGGACGAAUUAUCUAAGACCAGGAAUCAAAAGAGGCAAUUUUACAGAUCAAGAGGAAAAGAUGAUAAUUCAUCUUCAAGCUCUUCUAGGCAACAGAUGGGCUGCAAUAGCAUCAUACCUUCCACAAAGGACAGACAACGACAUCAAGAACUAUUGGAACACACAUCUGAAAAAGAAGUUAAGGAAAAAGAAUUCAGAUCAAAAUCAACAAAGCUCCAGAUUAGAUGGGUUUACAUCAUCACCAUCAUCUCCUGAAAAUCAAUGUUCAAGUAGUAGAGGUCAAUGGGAAAGAAGGCUUCAAACUAAUAUUCAUAUGGCAAAACAAGCCUUAUGUGAUGCCCUCUCUACCAUGGAUAAAAAACUGGUCUCAAAUACGCCUGACUUGAUAGAAUCAUCACCAAAGAAUAACCUAAAAUCAAGCCACAAACAAGGGCAACAACCACCAUCAUCAUUAUCAUUAUCAUCUUCAUCAUCAUCAUCUAUCUACGCUUCGAGUACUGAGAACAUUGCGCGAUUGCUACAAGGGUGGAACAUCAAGUCACCAAAGAAAGAGCAAUCGAGUUCCAUAUCAACGGAUCAUCACUCUCUUUGUAGCACAAUGGAGAUUGAGUAUGGUCAUGAACAAAAACCGAAAGUUAAUAGUAGUGAAAAACAAGUUUCAAAAACUGAGGCUUUUCAGUCUUUGUUUGGUACAAUGGAAUCUAGCGAGUCUCCAUACUCCGAUUUCUCUCAAGCAGUGUCCCCAGAAGCUAACUUCUUCGAGCAUGAGAGUAAGCCGUUGAGUGAUGGUGGACAAGGCGGCACAUUGUCCGUGUUAGAGAAAUGGUUGUUUGAUGAUUGCUCUAUUCAACAUUGUGGUACACAAAGCCAAGUUCAUGACCUUAUUGAUAUGCCCUUGCAAGAAACUGCUGAUUUUGUAUGACGAUCGAUAUUGAAAUUAUGUUUUUAAAUUCAUAGAAAACUUGUAAGGACAAUGAAAAUUAUAAAUUCUUAGAAAAUAUCCUCAUUUUCAUAUUCCUUGAAGUUUUUCUUUUAUCAAAACAUUGAAUUUUAAUUAGUCUAGGUCAACAAGAACACCCUUAGCUUGUUGUAACUAGCUAGGAGAUUGUUAUUACUGUAAGUUGAUUAUUUAUCGUAGACUCGUAGUGCAGUGCAUGCGAAUAAGACUCCUUACUCCUUAGGUAUUUUGUUAA